AUGUAUUUUUUUAGUGUUGUUCUUCUUGCUUUUCUGGCUUCAAUUGGUCUUACAUUACUCAUCUUAGGUUGUGCAUUGUCUCAAUAUAAUUGGUGGCCAACAUUUGUAAUUAUAUUUUAUGUUCUGUCACCAUUUCCAAUAGCCAUUGGACGUCGAUGUACAUCCGAUGGUGGCUAUACUUUACGGGAAUCAAGUCCAUGUGCAGAUUUAAUGUGGUUUAUAACAAGUGUUAUUGUUGUUUCGGCAUUUGGUUUGCCAGCAGUUAUGUAUCGUGCAUCUGUCAUUCAAGUUGGUUCAAUGGCUUUUAUAAUGUCAGCUAAUGUAGUUAUAUUUACAACGAUUACAAUUUAUUUCAUGACAUUUGGUUCAGAUGAUAGUUUACCUAAUUUCUAA